AUGACCCCAGAAGAGAAAGCUGCUACCAUAUUUAAUACCACAUUUGUUCGCCCUGCCAAGUUCUAUAUCAGUGGGUUUUCCAACAUCCCUCAUGUUAAGUAUUACUAUGUCUUCCUGUGUUUUGUCUAUAUCAUAACUGUUCUUGGGAAUAGCUUCCUUCUGUCAGUUAUUUACCUGGUCAAGACUCUUCAUACUCCUAAAUACAUGAUUGUAUUUAACCUGGCUUUUUCAGAUGUGUGUGGGAGCACUGCUCUCAUCCCAAAACUGUUAGACACCUUUUUGUUUGACAGGAGAUACAUUGACUAUGAGGCUUGCUUAAGUUACAUGUUCUUUGUUUUAUUCUUUGCAAGUAUGCAGUCAUGGACACUUGUCACAAUGGCAUAUGACAGAUUUAUAGCAAUUUGCUUCCCUUUAAGGUACCAUAGUAUUGUGACUAAACCAGCUAUUGCUGCAAUGCUGCUGUUUUCAUGGCUUUUUUUAGUGAGUCUGGUAUCACUUACUGUUGGGGCUAUUGAUCGCCUCUCCUUCUGUAGAUCUUUGGUGGUAAAGAGCUUUUACUGUGAUCAUGCACCAGUAUAUCGUCUGGCCUGUAAUGACACGUCUUUAAAUAACAUAUUGGCAUAUGUUGCUUUCAUUGUAAUCCUCUGUAUUCCUCUUAUAUUGAUAGCAUUGACAUAUGUUUGCAUUUCCAUAGCAUUGAGCAGGAUUGCAUCAGGAGAGGAACGACUCAAAGCAUCUAAAACUUGUACUUCUCAUCUGAUUCUUGUGGCUAUUUUCUUCCUACCACUUGUGGGCACCAACAUAGCGGCAGUAGCCUCCUCCAUCCAUCCUAAUGUGAGGAUAAUAAACUCCUCUUUGACACACACCAUACCAGCUUUGCUGAAUCCCAUUAUAUACUCUUUAAAGACAGAAGAAGUGCUGAUCUCUAUCAAGAGGCUAAGCAAAAGAAAUAGCAUCUGCAACACAAUCAAAAAAUAG